AGCAAAAUUAGGAUCAGGGCAAGCAAAAAUGAGCAGCAGCAGCAGCAGCAAGCAAUCAGACGACAAUCAUGAGCAGAACAAUCUUAAUCUCAAUCUGAAAUUAAAUCUGUCCGACGUUCAUGUCUUCCUCGUCUCCUUUCCCGGUCAGGGCCACGUCAACCCCCUCCUCCGUCUCGGCAAGCGCCUCGCCGCCCUCGGCCUCUCCGUAACGUUCUCCGCCCCCGAGAUCGCCGGCGCUAGCAUCCGCAAGUCCAGCAAGAUCGCCGCCGGCAACACCCCCACCCCCUACGGCCGUGGAACCAUUCGAUUCGAGUUCUUCGACGACGGCUGGGACCUCAGCGACGACAACCGGAACGACCUCGACUCUUACAUGGCGCAGCUGGAGCUCGUCGGAAAACAGAAGCUUCUGGAGAUUAUUGGGAAUCAGAACCCGCCGGUUUCCUGCCUAAUUAAUAAUCCUUUCAUACCCUGGGUUUCCGACGUCGCCGCCGAGAUGAAGAUUCCAUGUGCUGUCUUAUGGGUCCAGUCCUGCGCCUGUUUCUCGGCUUAUUACCAUUAUUACCAUAAGCUUGUCACUUUUCCGAUGGAGGAGUCGCCGGAGAUCGAUGUCCGGCUGCCGUCUAUGCCGGCGCUGAAACACGAUGAAAUCCCGAGUUUCCUUUAUCCCGGAAGCCCUUAUGAUUUCUUGGCCAGGGCGAUUUUGGGGCAAUUCGGGAAACUUGAGAAACUGUUUUGUGUGUUGAUGGACACUUUCGAGGAUUUGGAGGUGGAAAUAAUCAAUUCCAUGUCGGGAAUUUGUGGGCUGCCGAUUAGAACCGUUGGGCCACUUUUCCGGCCGAUUGAAGGUGGCGCUGCCGCCGGCGAUUCGAAUGCAAUCAGGGCUGAUUUCUUCCCGGCGGACGACGACUGUACGGCGUUUUUGGACUCAAACCCGCCGGCGUCGGUGGUGUACGUUUCAUUCGGGAGCGUGGUCCAUUUCGAGCAGGAGCAGGCGGAUGAAUUGGCGUACGGGCUCCGGGACUCGGGGGUGCCGUUCCUGUGGGUCAUGCGGCCGGCGCCGUGGGACUCGACGCGUGCGAGUCACGUGCUGCCGGAGGGUUAUUUGGAGGAGAUUGGUGACCGGGGGAAGAUAGUUCAGUGGAGCCCGCAGGAGAAGGUCCUGGACCACCCGUCCCUGGCCUGCUUCGUCACGCACUGCGGCUGGAACUCCACCGUGGAGGCGCUGGCGAGCGGCGUUCCGGCGGUGGCGUUCCCUCAGUGGGGGGAUCAGGUGACCAACGCCAAGUUCUUGGUGGAUGUUUUCGGCGUCGGGGUCCGGCUGGGCCGGGGCGAGGCCGCCGGCCGGAUUGUCCCGCGCGGCGAGAUCGCGGAGUGCCUGAGGGCGGCGACCGCCGGGCCUACGGCGGAGAAGUUGAAGGAGAACGCCGCGAGGUGGAAGAAGGCGGCGGCGGAUGCGGUGGCGGAGGGCGGCUCGUCUUAUCGGAACAUUGUGGAAUUUGUGGAGGAGGUUGUGCGCGUGUCUGGACGCGCCUCAUAAAUGAUGUGUUCGUAAUUAAUGCGGAUCAGAUGUUGUACUUCUUUUACUUGUAAAAUUGUCAAAUAAAUUACGAAUAAUACAAUAAUAUUUUUAUUUAAUAAUAAAACAUCAAUUCUACGUA